AUGGAAGACGCGCACUUGCAGCCGUCCAUGCCGCAAAGUGGUGAGGGCAUGACGGCCUUAGAUCUGCAUCAUCUUAUCUCGCAGUUCUGCCAAAGACCUGAUCCGUCAGAGCUGUCGAGUGCCAAUGCCGACUCGCUUCCAGGAAGUUCGGCCCAGCGUGAGCAUGCCCUUCUGGAGCUAAGCAAAAAGCGUGAGCAGUAUGAGGACCUGGCUCUGGUGCUAUGGAACAGUUUUGGUGUGAUGCCAUCGCUGUUGCAAGAGAUCAUCUCGGUGUACCCUCUGCUCUCGCCGCCUGUCCUUACUGCGCAUGCGUCGAACCGCGUGUGCAAUGCUCUAGCCCUUCUGCAAUGCGUGGCCAGUCAUAACGAAACGCGUGGACCCUUUCUGCAAGCCCACAUCCCUCUCUUCCUGUAUCCCUUCCUGAACACCACGUCCAAGUCGCGGCCUUUUGAAUACCUCCGCUUGACGUCACUGGGUGUGAUUGGUGCCUUGGUAAAGCAAAACGACAAGUCCGAUGUAAUUACGUUUCUGCUCUCGACAGAGAUCAUACCAUUGUGCCUGCGUAUCAUGGAGACAGGUUCGGAGCUCUCCAAGACGGUGGCCAUCUUUAUCGUGCAAAAGAUUCUUCUGGAUGAUUUGGGCCUCAACUACAUCUGCCAAACCUAUGAGCGCUUCUACGCUGUGGGUACGGUGCUGAGCAACAUGGUCAAUCAGAUCGUGGAAAGCCAAGCGAUCCGGCUGCUGAAGCAUGUCGUUCGCUGCUACCUGCGUCUGAGUGACAAUCCUCGAGCGCGCGAAGCUUUGCGUUCCUGCUUGCCGGCGCCCCUUCGUGAUGCGACCUUCUCUCAGCUCUUGAAGAACGACCACAUUACCAAGCGCUGCCUCGCGACGCUUCUGUUGAACCUGUCGGACCGUGCAGAAAACUAG